AUGGCCACUAACACCAACUACAACCGCGAGACGACCGCUCAGGAGGUUGUCGACGCCUUCGCCAACGAGAUCAAGGGCAAGACUGUCGUCGUCACCGGCCCCUCGCCCGGCGGUAUCGGCUACGAGACUGCCCGCGCGAUCGCGACUAGGGCUCCCAAGCUCCUCAUCCUCGCCGGCCGUGACAUGAAGAAGCUUGAGGCCGCCAAAGCGGACAUCCUCAAGGACACGCCUAGUGCCAACCUCGCCCUCGUCACGCUCGACCUGAACAGCCUUGCGUCGGUCCGGUCCGGUGCCAAGGCCAUUGCGGCUGCGGCUCCCCAGCUCGACGUCCUGAUCAACAACGCGGCCAUCAUGAUGUGCCCCUACGGCACCACCGAGGACGGUUUCGAGACCCAGUUUGGCACAAACUACAUGGCCCCAUGGCUGCUAAACAACCUUCUUAUUCCGAACCUCCUCGCCUCGCCCGCUCCUCGUGUGGUCUUAGUCUCUUCGGUCGGCCACCGAGUCUCCGACAUUCUUUGGGACGACAUGGGGUUCUCGGGCGGCAAGACGUACAACAAGUUCAUGUCGUACGGCCAGUCCAAGACGGCUUCGGUCCUCAACGGCGUUGCUUUGGCUGAGAAAUAUCCCAAACUCACGGUAAUCUCGCUCCACCCAGGCGCGAUUCACACCAACCUCGCCCGCCACCUCACCGAGGAGGACAUGAAGGGUAUGGUAGGCCAGUUUUUCAACGAGGACGGAACACCCAAGCCGGGCGUGUUCUUCAAAUCUAUCCCCCAGGGGGCGUCUACUACUUUGGUUGCGGCAUUCGACCCAGCACUCAAAACCCACAGCGGAACGUAUCUCACCGACUGCCAGAUUGCGAAGGUCAAGCCCACCGGCGCAGACCCCCAUCUCAACAUCUCCGAAUCCGACUUCGUCGCGCCUUAUGCGGUCGACAAGGCGGCAGCGGAGCGCCUUUGGGGCGUGACGGAGGAGAUGGUUGGCGAAAAGUUCUCUCCGUGA